AUGGCAUCUUUUCUGGAAAGAUCCCGCAGAGUGCAAGUCACCAUUUUGGCCUCUGAAUGGGGAUCGAGCAAAGGAGGGCUGUCCACCAUAAACAGAGAAUUAGCCAUUCAGUUAGCCAAAUGCCCUGAAGCGGAAGUCACUUUCUUCCUUCCAAAAUGUAGCGAAGAGGACAAAAAAUUAGCCCUCCAACACAACGUAACGAUUAUCGAGGCAACUCGCCGGCCUGGCUUAGAAGAACUGGAGUGGCUUCUCUUUCCACCAGAAUAUUUACAAAUAGAUGUAAUCGUUGGUCAUGGGGUUAAACUUGGCAAACAAGCUCAAGUCAUUAAAGAAUCUAAAAAGUGCAAAUGGAUCCAAGUCGUACACACAGACCCAGAAGAGCUGGGAAUGUUUAAGAACUAUUCCAACCCAAUAUCCAAGGGUGAAGAGAAACAUAAAACAGAGGUAGAGUUGUGUGAAAUGGCGGACCUUGUUGUAGGAGUUGGACCCAAGUUGAGUGAGGCCUUCCGUUCGUAUCUUCGAGGAUGCCAAAAGGAUAAAAGUGUAGUGGACUUGACUCCUGGAGUAUUUGAAGAAUUUUUCAGCGUGAGACAGGUUGUAGAAGAAAGAAAACAACGCAGUGUCUUGGUGUUUGGUCGUGGGGACGCAGAGGAUUUCGAACUAAAGGGAUUUGACAUCGCUGGAAAAGCAGUUGCAGCAUUACAAGAUACUCGUCUUGUGUUUGUUGGCGCCCCAGAUGGAAAACACGACGAAAUAGCGAAGCGGUUAACCCAAUGUGGUGUUCCUGCAAGUCGCUUGAGAGUAAGAGGAUUUAUUCAAGAGCGAGAGACUUUGAAGCGCUUGUUCCAGGAAGUAGAUCUUGUAGUCAUGCCUUCAAGAACAGAGGGCUUUGGGUUGGCGGGACUUGAGGCCCUGUCAGCUGGUCUCCCUGUGCUUGUCAGUCACAACUCGGGGUUUGGAGAAGCACUGAGCAGUGUACCAUUUGGUUCAUCCAUUGUAGUUAACUCAGAGGACCCCACCGAUUGGACCGCAGCCAUCACAAAAAUCUGGGCCAAGGACAGAAAAGGUCGACUUGAGGAAGUGGAAAUGUUGCGAGACUCUUACGAUAAGAGAUACAACUGGGCCAAACAGAUAAAAGAUCUUCUUCACAAGCUGAUCAGCUGGACUCAUGGUAUGAAUGUCAAUUGUAUUUCUAAUUUUAGUGCCAAGAACUUUGGCCACGCCUGCUGGCCGGCGCCGUUUGCCUCAAACUUUUGCCUCUUACAAGCCAGAUCAGUUACAGGAAACCUGAGGGGUUCCACUUUUACAUUAAUCUCUAAAUAUAAAUUUUAAAAAAUGUUUGCUUUGUCCUUUUUUUAUGCAGAUGAUUUUUCGAAUAUCCAGAGCUCACCACAAACGAUUGGUGCAACUGUUUCAUCUUCUUGCCAGGCUUCCCAGGGAAGAAUGGGCGUGACCGAGGACCAUCCAGGUAAUAAUAAUAGUAAUAACAAUAAUAAAACCAAUCUUUGUUUAAGUAUCAGAACAAUAAUAAUAAUAAUAAUAAUAAUAAUAAUAAUAAUAACAAUAAUAAUAAUGAUAACAAUGAUAUUAUCAAUUAGCAAUUAUUGACUGAGGCUGAGUAGGAUAUGAAGAAUUCUGCAGAUCGAGGACACCCUCCGAGAUUUGCAGAAUUCUUAAUAUCCUACGAAAGGCGAAUUCAGUAAUUGUUUUGUUAUUCCUUCAAAAUAAUUCCAAGUUUAAAAACAAGCUAAAACAUGGUAACCUCGGUCGAUGUAAGUUCAUGUUUUUAGACAAUAUUUCGCCGUGAGACGAGUUAAAUAUUCCGCGACAGUUCCGCCAUAUUCUGCUAACUACCAAAACAACUCAACCUCGUCCCCAGGUUUAUCUCGGUCAACGGUUCAAUAACCUGCAUCCAGGCUGCACUUUUGACGUCAUUUUGACGUCAUCGGUUCAAUAUGACAAUAUUCUUUCCAAUUUUGGCCAACAGCAGCUGGUUAUGGUGAAUUAUGCGUGUGGUUUUAACCAAUCAGAAACGGGGUAAUAUUUUGAAUGAAUAAUAUUAAUAUUUAUUUACUUAUAUAGCUCUAUAUCCAUAAGAAUAAUGCCCUAUAUUGAGUCACAUAGAUAAAAACGUGCCUUACAAUAUAAAAAUGGCUUACAAUAGCCUCUAACUAAGCGUUAGAAAGGCUGAAAAAACAAAAUUUACAACCAUACAGGUAACCUCUCAAGAAAUCAAAAGCGUGGCCGGAAUUGAAAACAGAUUUUUUUAUCCAACUUGAGAAUCAGAAAAGGGGAAGUAAUUAAAAUCGUACGAUCGACGAGAUUUAAAGAGUGUUUCCUAUCCUUUAUCCGAUCCUUUAUCCGAUUUAGUCGCCAACGAUUUAGUUACAAUUAGUUUUGCGGGUUCAAAAGAGCAAGCCAAACAUAGAGUUCAGUCCUUGUUCUUUGAGGACAGGGUCAAGAAACGCAAACUUGUUGGUUUCGACGGCAACACAAUCCUUAACUCGCAGUGACUUUAAAAGUGAGAAUGCAAAAAAUAACUUAAUUUUAAGUAAAGUGCGUCGCUUCAGUAGUCAGUAUUUGUUCGAACUAGGAAAGAAGAUUCAUGCUAAGAUGCGAAUAUUCACCUUCCUAUGUACUGCUUAGAAUUACAUUUUGUGUUAUUAGUGCUCAACAGUAUUUUUGUAAACUCGAGUUACAUGUUUGUACACAAGAAACCAUUGCUUAAAAUCUGGCUUAAUCCUGGGUUGCUUAACCCUUUAAGCCCCAAUAUCCACAUAUAAACUCUCCAUACUGAUCUUCAUACAUUUCUUGAAAGAAUUAGUUGAGAGAGUUUGAUAACAGAUCAAAGUAUUUUCUCUUUAGUGAUCAUUUUAUUAACUCUCACAACCAUUUCUCUCGGCAACAUAUGGAUAUUGUUAGGAGAAAAUUGACGAUGGUCACUAUUGGGACUUACAGGGUUAACCGUCUUUUGGGGUCUAUAAGGUCUAUGCUUCGAUUUUAACAAGAGGACGACUUCUUAUAGGUUUUUCUUUACCGUCAAAAGUACAAUAAACAAAUAAUUUUGUUGGUUUCUUCUUUUAGACCUUGAGCCAACUCAGUUAUCCUCCACCAAAGGAAGAUUAAAUUUUUCCCGGUUAUGCCGUCUUCUUAUCAGCUUGGGUUCAAAGGCCAUCAGAGAAUCGUUCGACAGAAUAAUUCCACCGCAAAAUCUGCAACGCAUUUUGAAACGUAACCCAGCACACGCUAAACUUCAGUCACGUCGAAAGGAAGGAAUACUUAGCUCGAUCCAAUGGAGUAAACUAUAUCCUACCACACCCUCUGAGGUUUCAUCUUCAAGCUUCGACAUCCCCCUGUUAGUGGUGCUUCUAAGAUCAAUCUGUGAUCUGAGUCCUCCACCUGCUGGUUGGGAUGCUCCUCCUCUAGGAGAAGACACGAGCUGUGAGUCAGACAUUGUGCGUCUGAAAUAUUUCUUCAAUGCUGUGUCUGGACAUGCUGGAGAAGGCUCUGUCAAUGAUGCUCUAUUUAGUAUCUAUUGGCAGCAGAUCCGUGACACUCUGGUACGACUGGGAGGAGCUGAUUAUGAAGAUGCCAUUAAUGAAAUGAAAAAUCAGGACAUGGACUUCCUUGAUGAGGAACAUUUCAUAGAACUUCUCAAGCAGUGGAGGAAGGUGGAAGACAACAUCAAAGACAAACUGAAUGAACUGGAAAGUGAAGAAGCUUUUAAGGUGGCAGGUGAGCUUUAGUGGUAAAACCAUAACGCCUGUUUCUGUUGGAAUGGCUGGAAUUUUAAAUUGUUGCUGUUUUUAUUAUUAUGUUUAAGCGAGACUUUGUUUUCCAGGUCUUAAUAUAAGGAAAUUGUAGGUGUCGGUCACAUUGUGCGGUAAAAAAAUCAUGAUUAUGAAGUUAGUAUCUUUAUUCCACGGAUUCACCAUUUCUGUAUGGGCGUAGAUUACCGGUACCCGUAGCUGUAAAAACGUGUGUUUUCUUUUUUUUUUUUUGGCCUCUUGAAAUGUCUGGGCUACCAGUUGAACUUUGAUGCCAUUAUCACAUCUGGGAAAUCACGGUUGCCUUUUAUUCUACGUAGCAAACAUGUUCGCCUACCCACGUACCCAUAAGGAUUCAUAAGCAGAAAUAGUGUCUCCUAAGGUCCCUACAAAAAAAAUAAAGAGAGUAGCGAAACACAGCGGAGAAACGUUUAAACCGACAAGCCUUAUUUCCCAUAAACGUGCGCUUCGUAAAAGCAUAUCUAAGCCAGGACGCUGAAGACUACAUGAUGUAUAUUACACAGUAUAGUCCUGAGUGGACUUAUAAAUGAAGACGCGCUGAGAUCAUUAUACUACGUCUGUAAGAAAACAAGUCACGUACGAAAGAGGCAACCGUGUCAAAAAUCGCGUUCAAGACAACAAGACUACACUACUUGAACAAAGUAACGUGACUAAGUACACACGACUGUUACAACACAUGUAAGCCGACGUAAAGAAAAGCAGUGAGAAGAAGAGACCAAACCAUCUGAACACAGUUGCGUAUGAAAAAGCGGUAACUAAACAUGACUAACAUACAAAGUAACAUUCGGAAAUGAGGUUGUAAACAAGACUAGUACAAUACGAGCGAACAGACUUUCGGAAAAACGGCAACAAACAAGCUAUGAAUAAAGCAUAUAACAUGACCGACAAUUCAUUUUUGUCCGGAAAUUUAACAAUUAUUGAAUGAGGCAAUCAGCCCCCUCUAUCUGCACAAUUGUUCGCAUUAUACGAAAGCUGAAUCAAAUAAUUGUUUUAUUAUUCAUUCAAAAUAUUUCUAACUUGUUGACCAGCUUACCUCUUCGUAGACUUUCUUCACAAAUUUAGGCAAAAUUUCUCGGCACGGUUUCAGAAUUUAAACAAAUACUCCUCUUACAGAGUAGAUAACAUCCAUAACAAUAUGUGUUGCGUGUUCUUUCAUUUAUUUCCGCUCAUUCUAAGUCGUCUUCGGAUAGCCGUGAACGCAAUUUCUUGGUUUAGUGUUGCCCAAGCAGAUUCCUUUCGAAGCAAAUAUAUAUAUUGUUCGCAUCUUCAAAAUUUGGCCAAUGUCGGCUUUUCAUGAGGAAUUGGCCGGGAGAUUCGAGCUAGUCAAAAACGCCGGUGAAAUAUUUUGAAUGAAUAAUAAUGUCGAUUGACCGGCCGUUAUUUGAAGCCCCGGUUUUCGUCUGUUUGAUGCAUUCGAUUUUAUCAUAUCUACCUACAUACACAUACUUUAAUCAAGCUAGACUUAAUGCAGUUUCUAUUAUUUUGCUCUUUUUAGAUUUUUCAUUCCCAACCGAUAUCGUAGAAAAGAUCCGCCAGCUCUACGUUACACGUGAACAACGCGUCUUGCCUGUUCCUUGGUGUGAAGAUUUCAGCUUUUAUUUGAAUGAAAUUUUUACCAGGUUAAAGUUCGUUAGCAAAGAAAAAACCGGAGGCGUACUUCUUACUGAUGAUAUAACCAACAUGACUGCUAUCUUUAAGGCACACGCGAAAUGCCACCGGCCGCGAACAUGUUUGGUUGAAGGAGAUCCUGGCAUGGGCAAAAGCACUUACUGUCAAAAGCUAGCAUAUGAUUGGGCAACUAAGCCGGAGGAGUUGGACCCCUCUUUUCCAGACAUUGACGUGCUGCUUCUUCUCAAGUGUCAUGAAAUAAGAUCUAACAUCUGGGAAGCUAUCGAUGACCAAAUUCUUCCUGCGGAAAUUGACGAUGAAGCUAAAGAACGUUUCUUCAAAUUUGUUCGUGAAAAUCAGUCUCAAGUUCUUUUGAUACUUGAUGGGUUAGAUGAAAUGGACUCCAGUGAAAUGAAAAGACUCUAUCAUCUGGUUGAGGGUAAAGAACUCUCGGGUUGUCACAUUGUAUUCACAUCUCGUCAUGAGAUGGGAAUGAAGGUGAGGAGAUACUGUGACACUCUGUGGGAGAUUGUAGGGUUCACCGAAAAAGAUGCAGAGAGUUUUAUUCGUAAGUACUUUAGAAACAUCAACCAGGAGCACUUAGCAGAGGGUUUGAUAGAAAUGAUUUGGUAUUCUGAUGAGCAAGAAGAGUUAACAAACUUGUCAAAAAACCCGUUAAACGUAACUUUACUUUGUGUUCUUUGUGAAGAUUUUGAGGGCGUUUUCCCAGCGAGCAGGACUCAAUUGUACAGUGAGAUUGUCCUCUGUGUUUUAAGACGAUAUGAAAAAAAGCAAGGAUUGUCGAGCAACAAUGAAGACCUCAUGAGCGUCUACAAGGAAGAUUUAAUGCAUUUAGGACAAAAUGCUUUACAGUCACUUCUAAAAGGGGAGUUAUAUUUUGAAGAACAUGAAUCCGGCGGCACCUUUAUCACUUUAUCCAAGUUUGGAUUUCUUUCACUCCAGGCUAGUGGUAGCAAAAGGAAAGCUCGAGUACGUUAUGCAUUUCUCCAUAAAAGCUUCCAAGAGUUCUUUUCUGGAUUUUACCUUGCUUGGCAAAUUCUUGACGGAGGUAUUGACAGUGAUCCAGUAGUAAAAGACGAGAGAUUUAAAGGUGAACUGAAACAAGUCUUUUUAUUCAUGGUUGGAAUUUUAGCCACGACGAGUAAAGAAACAGCAGAGUCUAUUAUAAAAAUUAUGGCUGAAAAUAUUAAUUUUAUAGAUCCCGACUGUGUUAAGGACAUUUGUGUAUUAUUUCGUUUAGCCUUAGGCUGCAUCUUGGAGUGCUCAAAUUUAGCUCAAACUUUAGGGUUACAUCUUAACUUAACUAACUUGGAUUUGAGUGCGAAUGGGGUUGGUGAUUCUGACGCUGUUUCCCUUUCCCAAGCUCUUGCAGCCAACUCCUCUUUAACAAGUUUGAAUUUGAGUUCGAACCGGAUUGGUGAUUCUGGUGCUACUUCCCUUUCGCAAGCUCUUGCUACUAACUCCUCCUUGACUAGUUUGGAUUUGAGUGAUAACUUGCUUGGUAAUUCUGGUGCUGCUUCCUUUUCCCAGGCUCUUACAGCCAAUUCCUCUUUAACUAGUUUGAAUUUGAAUGGGAACGGGAUUGGUGAUUCUGGUGCUUCUUGGCUUUCCCGGGUUCUUGCUUCCAACUCGUCCUUAACAAGUGUGGAUUUGAGUGAAAACAUGAUUGGUGAUUCUGGUGCAUCUUCCCUUUCCCGGGCUCUUUCAGCCAACUCCUCCUUAACAUGUUUGGAUUUGGGUAGUAGCGGGAUUGGUGAUUCUGGUGCUGCUUCCCUUUCCCAGGCUCUUGCAGCCAACUCCUCCUUAACUAGUUUGGAUUUGAGUGGGAACUGGAUUGGUGUUUCUGGUGCUUUUUCCCUUUCCCAAGCUCUUGCAACCAACUCCUCUUUAACAAGCUUGGGUUUGAGUGAGAGCGGGAUUGGUAAUACUGGUGCUUCUUACCUUUCCAAGGCUCUUGCAACCAACUCGUCGUUGACAACUUUGUAUUUGGGUGGUAACGAGAUUGGUGAUUUUGUUGCUUCGUCCCUUUCCCAAGCUCUUGCAUCCAACUCCUCCUUAACUGGUCUGGAUUUGAGUGAAAACAUGAUUGGUGAUUCUGGUGCAUCUUCCCUUUCCCGGGCUCUUGCAGCCAACUCCUCCUUAACAUGUUUGGAUUUGCGUAGUAGCGGGAUUGGUGAUUCUGGUGCUACUUCCCUUUCCCAGGCUCUUGCAGCCAACUCCUCCUUAACUAGUUUGGAUUUGAGUGGGAACUGGAUUGGUGUUUCUGGUGCUUUUUCCCUUUCCCGAGCUCUUGCAGCCAACUCCUCUUUAACAAGCUUGGGUUUGAGUGAGAGCGGGAUUGGUAGUACUGGUGCUUGUUACCUUUCCCAGGCUCUUGCAUCCAACUCCUCUUUAAUAAGCUUGGGUUUGAGUGGAAGCGGGAUUGGUAAUACUGGUGCUUCUUGCCUUUCCAAGGCUCUUGCAACCAACUCGUCGUUGACAACUUUGUAUUUGGGUGGAAACGGGAUU